GCUGUGGUGGGCAAGGCGGCGGAGGCGGAGAGAAUGGCGGGGUUGUCCGUGCGGGACCCCGCCGUGGACCGGUCCCUGCGCUCCGUGUUCGUGGGGAAUAUCCCAUAUGAAGCCACAGAGGAGCAGUUAAAGGACAUUUUCUCAGAGGUUGGACCUGUCGUCAGUUUCCGAUUAGUGUAUGACAGAGAGACGGGCAAACCGAAAGGCUAUGGCUUCUGUGAAUAUCAAGACCAGGAAACGGCUCUCAGUGCCAUGCGGAACCUGAAUGGGCGUGAAUUCAGUGGGAGGGCUCUGCGUGUGGACAACGCAGCUAGUGAGAAGAAUAAAGAGGAGCUGAAGAGCUUGGGCACUGGGGCCCCCAUCAUUGAGUCACCCUAUGGAGAUCCAGUGAACCCUGAAGAUGCUCCAGAGUCCAUCAGCAGGGCUGUUGCCAGCCUCCCGCCUGAGCAGAUGUUUGAGCUGAUGAAGCAGAUGAAGCUUUGUGUCCAGAACAGCCCUCAGGAGGCUCGGAGCAUGCUGCUGCAGAACCCACAGCUCGCUUAUGCCCUGCUGCAGGCCCAGGUGGUGAUGCGGAUUGUCGAUCCUGAGAUUGCUCUGAAAAUUCUGCAUCGCCAGACCAGCGUUCCUUCUCUGAUUCCGGGCAAUCCACAAGCAGUUCCUGGGCCCGGGCCUGGACCAGGGGCCGGACCAGGGCCUGGGCCUGGGCCUGGGCCCGGGCCUGGUCCAAACACGCAGAUGAACCAGCCAAACGUCCCGUCUUCCCAGCCACAGCCAAUACAGGGUGGCAUGCAUGUCAAUGGAGCCCCUCCGCUGAUGCAGCCUUCUAUGCCAGGGGGAGUGCCAGCCCCAGGUCAGAUGCCCACCACUGUACCUGGGCCUGGCCCCAUGGCUCCAGGUGGGGGCAUGCCAGGAGGCGGGCCAAUGCUCAUGGAACGUGGGCAAGGGAACAUGCAGCUCUCUCCCGUGGGACCUGCCAGGCCUGCCUCUAUUGAACGAGUUCAAGUACCAAUGCCAGACCCAAGGGCUCCCAUGCAACGAGGGCCCAUGCCAGCUAGCGGCCCGCCACCCCGAGGCCUGUUGGGAGAUGCUCCGAAUGAUCCCCGUGGAGGGACCUUGCUCUCAGUCACUGGAGAAGUUGAGCCCAGAGGUUACCUUGGCCCGCCUCACCAGGGCCCGCCUCACCAGGGCCCACCCAUGCACCACAUGCCUGGCCAUGAUAACCGAGGACCACCCCCUCAUGAAAUGAGAGGAGGACCAAUGGGAGAACCCAGGCCCUUGAUGGGAGAGCCACGAGGACCAUUGAUGGAUGGCCGAGGUGGAAGAGAUCCAAGAGGCAUGGAGCCUCGGGGCAUGGAUGGGAGAGGCAUGGAGCCAAGAGUGAUGGAUACACGGGGUAUGGAACCCAGAGGACUGGAGCCCAGAGUAAUGGAUACCAGGGGCAUGGAACCAAGAGGAAUGGAGCAAAGAGGAAUGGAAUCAAGAGGAAUGGAGCCCCCAAGGGGCAUGGAGCCCAGAGGGAUGGAACCUCGUGGGAUGGAACCAAGGGGCAUGGAGCCCAGAGGGAUGGAGCCCCCGAGGGGCAUGGAGCCCAGAGGGAUGGAGCCCCCGAGGGGCAUGGAGCCCAGAGGGAUGGAGCCCCCGAGGGGCAUGGAGCCCAGAGGGAUGGAGCCUCCGAGGGGCAUGGAGCCUCGAGGGAUGGAGCCCCCGCGGGGCAUGGAGCCUCGAGGCCCUGGUCCCAACCCGCGGGGUCCAAUGACUGGAGGAAUCCAGGGCCCUGGGCCUCUUAACAUGGGAGCAAGUGGCCCUCAAGGCCCUAGGCAGGUCCCUAACAUGGCAGGCACAGCCCUGCAAGCCGGAGGCAUGCCAGGAGCAGGCGUUCAAGCAGCUGGCCAGCCUGGGGGUUUCAGUCCUGGACAGAACCAAGUAACACCACAGGAUCAUGAAAAGGCUGCACUCAUUAUGCAAGUUCUCCAGCUGACCGCAGACCAGAUAGCCAUGUUGCCCCCCGAACAAAGGCAGAGCAUCCUGAUUUUGAAAGAGCAGAUACAGAAGUCCACCGGUGCCCCUUGACAAGCUGCGUUCUUGAGGGUUUGAAAGGUAUCUGAUGAAAUUCAGCCCCUUGCUGAAGACAGCACUGAAGGUCUUUUCCUUGUCUGAGCCACAGCAGCAACCAAGGAAGAGGUUCCCCACCCCCACCUGUUGGUCAAUUCUUCCUUCUCUUGGUUUUUUGUUCUUUGUGUUUCAAAUUAAAUUUUGUCUUGGAUUUAAGUCGA